AUGUCUGACCAAUGCGUGCCUGAAGUCGCGCCACCAUUUACUGUUGCCAUUGUCGGUGCCGGCAUCGGUGGUUUGGCACUUACGCAAGGCCUAAGACGACACGACGUUCCUUUCACGCUGUAUGAGGCGGCGCCAUCCUUCAGUACAGUCGGGGCUGGCGUGGGCCUUGGUCCCAAUGCCAUACGUGCCAUGGAGAUGAUACAGCCUGGGUUCACGGAAUUGUACGAGAGCAUAUCCAGCGGGAACGUCACCCCAGGGAAAGAUCAUGUGAUGAUGGACGCAAUGUUGGUGGAGGAAGGCCUGGGUGAGAAGAGGGGCUUGCGGCCGAUGUCCUAUGGAGCACCAUGUUAUGAUCGAACAAGUGCGCAUAGAAAAGACCUGCUUGACAUACUCACGGCUGGGAUUCCCGAAGAAAGCGUGCGCUUCAAUAAACGCGUAAAGAGUUUAUCACAAAACGAGCGGGGUGUGGCCAUUGUAUUUGAGGACGGAGAGAUUGUCCAGGCGAGUUGCGCAAUUGGUUCAGAUGGAAUCAAGGGUGUCACUCGUGGUGCUGUCCUUGGCGGCAGGUGGCCUGAGUAUGUCGAAGCCGAAUAUACUGGCAAAUAUGUAUAUCGAUCCAUCAUACCAAUGAGGGAUGCCAUGAGGAUACUCGGAAAUGAUGUGGACGGUAAUAAUAUUGCUGGUGAUGCCAAGAUGUUUAUGGGGGAUAAAUCCAUCGUUACAAUGUUUCCGAUCUCAAAAGGUACCCGAUCUAACAUGGUAUGUUUCCGACUCGACGAUGGACUAUGGACUCAUCCGGAAUGGACAAAGCCUGUCGCUCGAGAAGAAAUGAUACGGGACAUUGCAAAUCUCGGUGUCGAUAAGCGCCUAGUCAAGCUACUUGAUUGGGCGAAUCCUCUUCAAUGGGCUCUCUUCCACCAUCUCAUCACACCGACAUAUUUCGAUCGGCGACUAUGUUUGCUUGGCGACUCUGCUCACGCCACUCUGCCGCAUCAGGCGUCCGGAGCUGGUCAAUGCAUUGAGGAUGCUUUGAUUAUGUCGCGGUUGCUAGCCCUGGUCAAACACGAAAGCCAGAUCCAGGCAGCAUUCUCUGUAUUUGACGGAAUUCGUCGGCCACGGGCUCAACGCGUAGUCCAGACUAGCCAAGAAGCUGGUGAUUUGUGUGCGUUCAGGGCCCCCGGGAUCGGAUCAAACAUGAACAAGAUUGUGGAGAACCAAGCCCAGAGAUACUUUUGGAUUUGGCUUCACGAUCUAAAUGAGGACGUGAGGAAAGCCGAAUUGGAGUUCAAGGUAAUGACAAGACGUCCUAUUGACACGGCGUCCCUUCACCACGAAUAGCUGCGCUGACCUGUUGAGGCAUCUAUUCAUGAGUCAUACCCACGUGUAGAUCGGUCGUGUAUGGCCAGUAUUUUAGCGGAGCCAUAGAAUAUGAAGCUAUUUGAACAGGAUCAGCACCAAGAUGUGUGCAGCUUACAGGCAUGUACUUUUACCCAAGAGAUGUGAAGACCGUUACAAAGGAACCUGUGCCUAAACUUGUGAUUGAAAUUCGCUUUUGUGAUUCAUGUCAGAUAAACCCAUUUCUGAUGAUUUAGUUGAUGCAACGCAAGAAGAGCGGUCUGCUCUGGUGUGCCAUGAAACCUGUCCACCGGUCGACAUCGCCAAGACGUGGAAACCAAGCCAGGAUUCAAGGUUUGAAGCCAGGCACAACCUUACACGCCACAUUGAAACACCACGCGGGAAAGUCCCAUACGCUGUCACUUAUUUACAUUGAAAGAAUUCUGGUAGUUCUAUAGCUAAAAAGUUCAAUUGCUUGCAAAAAGAAUU